AUGCCGACAAUAAUCCUUUUGGAUGUCUCGCUGUCGAUGUGCCGAAUGGUGUCUUUGAAUGAUAACCUCAAUGACAACCAAUUACUACAAUCCCCACAACAAAGCCAACUCAAGAACUUAGCCAUCCAUGGAUUGAAUGCAUUGCUUGACUACGAGUCCCAAAACGCCAAACUCGAGUUCACAUCACUGAUGGUGUUCUCGAGUUUGUGGCAGAUAUUGACGAAAUUCACCCGCGAUUACGAUCAGCUCAAGAGUGCCCUCCAGAACAUAGAGCUCUUCGACAAAACCAAAUUCAUUAAUGGCUUGAGAGGCGUCAAGAAUAUGGUGGUCGAUGAAUGGGGUUCAGAGAUGUCCUGUCAGGUGAUACUCGUGACGGAUGGCAACGCAGCCAUCAAUGCACACCUCAUGAGUGCCUCCGAUGGCAACGCAGUGGACGACACGACAGAGGAGGACAUGGAUGUGCACAGUUGGCCCCUUCCCUUCCCAUUCCCAUCCAAACUACAUAUCGUGUGCUUAACCACAAUGAAUGACAACUCAUUCCAGACAUCCCUUCCAUUCUUCUCGAAACUCAUUGAAAUGAAUUCCGGACCGAAGAAUACAUUUUGCGAACCAUUUCUCGUGAAUCAUAUGUAUUCAGGAGGACAGGUGUGGGUCCCAGAAGGCACCCAAUUGUCGUACAAAUCAGUUCACAACUUAUUCACCAAAUUAGCCGAAACUAAUUACCGGCCCUUUAAGGGUCGACUCCACUGCGGAAUGUUGUCGUCACCCAUAGCUCUAUACCCGACGCCUGAGAACUACUUUCAAGUCAAUGAUUUCGAGACCAUUAAAGCAGAGACCAGUGAAGACAUCACUAUUUGUGGGUUUAUGGAGAUAUCAGAGGUGUCGAGCCCUCCCGUCCACUCCAGACAUUUAGUGCUUCCAUUGCAAGAAUCCAAGGAUGAGGUGAGAAAGUCUGCGUCCGUUAUGAUCGCAAAUCCAAGCAAUGCUUCCGAAUGCGGAUCCAUUGAUAUGGAAGAGAUGGUGUCCUCCAUGUGCUCGGAUGAGGGCCGGCAGCCAUCGUUCUGUGUUCUACUUCACGGUAGUCUCAAAGUGGAGGGAAUGGUAGCCAUCUGUCAGGUCGGGACUCCCGACUGGUACGGAAUGCUGUAUUCGUGGGCCGACAGCAAAAAGAAAUCAAAUCUAAUGCUAUCGAUGUUUAAAUGCGGUUCCGAUGCGAUCGCAUGGAUUCCUAACCUCAAGAAUCUGGGCUUUUCAUCGCUAAGUAUUCCCCAAACUGUGAGUGAAAUCAAUGAAAUGAGUUCGAAGAAGAACUUCAGUCAGGGAUGUGUGGUUUGGUUGAAGCAGUCGUUCCUCCAGUCGGACAUUCAGAAGAUCUUAAGACACGCCCGAAAACUGCCCGAAAAGACCGCAAACUUUUAUAAAGAGUUGAAUCGCUUCAGAAGGGCUGCCCUUUCGUUCGGANAUAAAAUGAGUGAUAAUUAG